UUCAAGACACACCGUUUCAGGCAUCUUCAAGGCCAAUACAUAAUUUGUUACUCAGGUCAACCUUCAGAGACACGAAUUUAGCGUGUUUUGAAAAGAAUAGCCUAUUGCAUGUUAUGAAGGGAUGAACAUUUUAAUGGUAUAACUUACUGGCAGCCAGUUUAAAAAAGAUCGAAAUUGUUGCAAGGGACACCGGAUCGUCGAUUCUAAAAUUGGUUUCAUUAGAUUUAGUAGAAUCUUGUUGAAUCAGCUUCCUGUGGAUUGAAGACGAAUGAGAGUAGAAAGAUUUGUUGCUAGAAAAGAAACUUGUUGCUUGAAAGCAAACAUCAAGACAUAGCUGGAAACCAUAAAGGAUUUGCAAAAUGCCAAAGCGAUUUGUCCGUGAAUCAAAGUUCAGACACGUGUUUGGAGAACCGUUUAAGAAAGAAAAUUGCUAUGAUGGAAUAUCGAUCACCAAGAAUGCAUGGGACGGGAACUACUGCGCGGUGAACUCAAAGUUUGUUGCUGUUGUCUUAGAGUCACGUGGCGGAGGAGCUUUCAUCGUUUUACCACUACAGAAGACUGGCCGAGUAGAAAUUGGACAUGCGAAAGUGUCCGGACACAAAGGAAGAGUUCUUGACCUGCAGUGGAAUCCAUUCAAUGAAAACCUUAUUGCUUCUGCCUCGGAAGAUUGCACUGUCAAGAUUUGGAAGAUACCAGAAGAUGGCCUAAAGAAAGACAUGACUGAUGCCGUUGUCGAGUUGCAUGGACAUCAAAAGAAGAUUGGCAUCAUCGUCUGGCAUCCAUUGGCAAACAACAUUUUAGCAACGGCAGGUUUCGACAAGAAAGUCAUCAUAUGGGAUGUGGAAAGAGGAGAGCCCGCCAUUGUUAUCGAAGGACACAGGGAUACAAUAUACAGCAUGUGCUGGAGUAGGGAUGGCAGUUACCUAGCAACAACGUGUAAAGAUAAAAUGAUGAGGAUUAUUGAUAUUCGAAAGGAGGAGAUCAUCGCGGAGCAUAUGGCCCAUGACGGACCAAAGCAGUCACGUGUCUGUUUCAUUGGCAACGACCGGCUGCUUACAACCGGGUUCUCGCGUUCCAGUGAGCGACAAAUUGCACUCUGGGAUAUGAAAAAUUUCGAAGAGCCACUCAAUACAGUGGGCAUUGAUACAGGCUCUGGCGUCAUCCUACCAUUUUAUGACCAUGACACAAAUAUGGUUUACCUGGCUGGAAAGGGAGAUGGAAACAUUCGCUACUUUGAGUUAUCAGCCGAGGCUCCCUUCCUUCACUACCUUCAUGAAUACAGAAGCUCGUCUCCACAACGAGGCGUCGGUGCCAUGCCAAAACGCGCCGUUGACGUCAAUUCCUGCGAAGUGGCAAGAUUUUACAAGCUGCAUCAAAGCGGCCUUUGUGAGCCCAUAUCGAUGAUUGUUCCGAGAAGAUCAGAUCGCUUUCAAGAAGAUUUAUACCCUUUAACGCAAGGCGAUAUUCCAUCUCUUGAGGCCGAGGAAUGGCUAAGUGGAAAAAACGCGGAACCAAUUCUUAUUUCCCUGAAGGAAGGGUAUCAGCCAACAGAAAAACAAUUCGUGGCUGUCAAAAAACAAAGCAACCUCGAUAUCAUCGAAAUGUGUCCUCAGAAAGAGCCACCAAGUAACGAAAAAGAGCUUCGAAAAGCAUUCUAUGAACACGAGGAUGAGAUUCGACGAUUGAAAGAGCUCCUUCAAGCUAAAGAUUUACGAAUCCAACAACUGGAAAGACAGCUUUCUGACGAAAUACACUAACACAGAGAAUCAACAACAAACGAUUUCACUGUCUGAUAACUACUAAAGUCUUGAGAGCUUUGCGAUAUAAUGCUGGAAUAGGCCAAAAGAAGCUCGUCUUGUCGUAAUAAAGCUGUGUAAAAAAUGCAUUUCUAGGUUCUAACUGUUAUUAACUCAUCAUGAUGACGUAAAAACUUUAGUAUUUUCGUAACAAAAUCUGUAAUCUUUUCAAACAAAGUUUUAAAUUUUGAUUAAUGCCUUAUAAACUUUAGUUAGUACAAUAGAUUUAAUGCGAUGCAUGUUAAUAUAAUAUCAGAGCUCUUUGUUUGAUACAAUUUGAUAUUGAAGGCAACAUUAGAUGAUUCUAAAAAAAUUGUUCUUUGAA